AUGGCGGGAGGAGUUACAGUAUGUGUGCUGCUGGUGUCCGUUUUGGCGGUUGGCUCCUCGUCCUCUACUGACCAGCUGCUACCUGAGGACACGGCCUACGAGAUGAUCACGGAGUACAGAGAUAACUACCCGCCCCCCAACCUCCCGUACGCCUACGACGCCCUGGAGCCGUUCGUGAACGAGGCUACGCUGAAGGUUCACCACCAGGGCCACCACAGGGCCUACUGCACCAAGAUGAACGCCGCUCUCAAAGAGUGGAGGAAGCAGGACCCAGAGUCACAGCUGGCAAAGAGCUCUCUCUAUGAUAUCAUGAAGAACCUGUCUGGUGUUCCCGAGCCGUGGCGGACGGCGAUACGCAACAAUGGCGGAGGAUUCAUCAACCACAUCUUCUACUUUGUCACGAUGAGGAACAAGGUAUACACAGCUCCCAUGGGAGAACUGGCCAAACAGGUCAACGCCACGUUUGGCGGCUACGAGAGGUUCAUGGAGGAGUUUGGCGAGGCCGCCAGGAACCUGUUUGGGUCGGGCUACGUGUGGCUGGUGGAGGAUGAGGAGAGAAACAUCAGUAUCAUCAACACAGCCAACCAGGACAGUCCCAUAUCUGAUGGGCUCUACCCUCUACUAGUACUGGAUGUAUGGGAGCACGCCUACUACCUUCAGCACAUGAACAGGAGAACCAACUACAUCGGCAAGUGGUGGGGUGUGGCUCACUGGGGGGCCGUCAGCAGGAUCCAGGAAUGGUGGAGGAAGGUGAGGGGAGAUGAGGAUGAAGAGGACGAUGAGGAGGAGUAUGAUUGGGAGAAAGAGGUUCCAGAGGAGAAGAUGAGGAGGAGUAUGAUUGGGAGAAAGAGGUUCCAGAGGAAGAGGAGGAGGGUAGAGGUGGGUGGCAAGAUGAGAGACAAGCCAAGAGCCACCAGGAGCUGUAACAGCCCACUAGUCUGAGAGGGACAACUCUUCUCGUAAUAAGCAAAAUAUUUUUACUAUGUGCUAUAGAAGCUUCAACAUUGACGUCCAUUAUACGUUGGGGUUUUUCAAAUGCGACAUUAUUGAUAAACGAUUUGAACAAAC